AUGACCUCCAUCCUCAAGAAACUAUCUUUCUGGAAGGAUAAACCCAACAUCAACUAUGAUCCUCCCCAACACUUCGUCCUAGUCAAAGUCGAAGAUCCACGACUCUCAUGUCCACCCACGCUCAAACCUUUCGAAAAGCGCUCAGACAAAGAGCUCAAGAAGGCUGGAGUUCCCUUAUACCCAAUAGAUACGCCCAUAGAAGGAAUGUUCUGGACAUGUACCAGGCGCGACGGACAUCGUCACGACAAGAGCGAACCAUUCAAAGUAGGAAGGGCACCAAAGUGUCCUCGUUAACUCUCCAGGGUCGUUGUGAACGUUACAUGCGCGCAUACAAUUCUCCGAAUUCUCUCUAUAUUUGCAAGCCAAAAGAAUCCGAUAAAUACAGAAUUUGUGGAUAUUACAGUCCUGUCCGUCUUGAUUAUACGAAAAAGCCACCCAAAAGAAGUAUUUGUCUUGGAUGUGGUCAGAAGUCAUUUCAACGUAUCACGGGUCCCGAGAUAAUACUCUAA